AGCUGUGUAUUGUAAUGAAUAAUGUGUAUUCAGCUGACUGUUAUUGCUGUACAUACUCAAAUUGCUGUGCUGCAAGAACUGUCAAAAAUUGAAGGAAAAUAACCUGUAACAGUUUAUAAAUUAAUGAAAAUUUAAUGAGGUGUUCUGUACAUGUUGCCUUACAAAGCGGACAUUCGUGAAAUUUCACACCGUAUUGAAACACCUUCCAUUGUUUGUGUCUCUGGGGGAGGAAGUACAAACAUUGGUCUUCUUUGAUAAACAAGCUAUGGUUUGUUAUUGGAGCUAAUUGUUUGAAGUGUAAACUGGACGCUAACUGAGGACUAGAGAGACUUUGACGUUGGUGAUGAUGGAGUGAGUAGGGAUGCAUGAGCCAAUGGAAGUGGAUGGAUACUGGGCGUGUAGCCAUUGUAGUCUUAGCAACAGCCAACUGAUAGACAUCUGCCAAGCCUGUCACGUACCCAGAAAACCCAACUCUGUGGACAAAAGUAAAGGGGCCAUCCCCAAAACUAGGGUCAAAAGAUCAAAGCCCAUCACAACCAGGCCAUCUCCUGUAGGAGGGCCGGGAACCAGCUCACAGGAACCAGUUAUAGUGGAUGGUGAGGAUGUGGAGGAUGAUGUGUGGAAAUGUGGAAACUGUAAUAUGAAAAACUCAGGGAAAGUGGAAAACUGUAUCAGUUGUAACGAAAAUAAAUUCAAAGAAGUGAUCAUGAUAAAUGAUGAUGAUGAGUACGUUGUUAAAUACAACCACUGUAAAGGGGAUGACAAAGGAGCAACAGAAGAUGGCAUAGGCCAAAGUAAAGAUGUAACAAAGAAUGUGAUUGGUCAGAAUGAGGACAAAUUCUGGAACUGUAGUAAGUGUACAUUCAAAAACUCAGCAAAAAAUAAAAACUGCGAAGUUUGUCAAUAUCCAAAAGAAGUUAAGUUACCGACUUUGGAUUCUGUGUCAGAGUUUGAAGCGAAAAAAGUGGAGUACCCAACAACCAGUAAACGAGGCGAGCCUGAUGGAAUGGAGUCAGAGAUAGAGGUAGGGGGAGCCACUGCGAAUCCUCCAGAUCCCAAACCCUCUGUGGAUGCUCCAUCCAGGAAGAAGCUUCACCAUCCCCGAGCCAAGUCAGACCCAGUGUUUAUAGAGGACGGUAGGGAGUGGACAUGCCCUGUCUGUAGCUUCGCGUGUAAUCCUAGCUGGUGUCCGAAAUGUUCAAAGUGUCAGAAGGGAGAGAUUCCUGGGGGAAUACCCCGGGGUAGAGCCAAAAUUCCCAAUGGAAAGUUCCCUGCCAUUACCCCUCAGCACAACCCAAUAAAGAAAGUCCACUCCUCUCCCAGAGAGUCGCCUGACUCCGGGAAAAAGGAGCAGAAGAAGGACAAAGGAUUCUGGGUGUGUAACCGUUGCACCUUCCAUAACCCCAAUGUGGAGCGCAUGUGCAAGAUUUGUGGGGGUCGAAGGUCAACUUCAGAACUUGAUAUGAGUAACUAUUGGAGUUGUGAUAAGUGCACAUUACACAAUCCAGUGGAAAAUGCAUCCUGUGCUGCAUGUGGUUUUAAAAGGAAUGUUUCUAAUUUGGAUCCUUUUUUUGAUGUAAGAACUACCCCUGUGUCCGAACCUAAAACAGACAGUCCAAGGCAUGUUGAUAAAAACGCAGCCAAUAGAAAGGAAGGGAGUGCUAAAUCUGACAAGAUGGGCAAUGCCAAGAAGUUGAACAGUGCUGAAAGAAACAAAAUGCAAGGAAAGGCAGGUGAGAAAGACAAACCAUCAAAGGAGGAGGACAAGGUGUCAAAAUCAGCACAGGAAAAAACAGACAAUACGCCCAAGUCAUCACUGGAGAAAAUUAAAGAUAAAACUCCAAAAUCAUCGCUAGAGAAGAACAAAGAUAAAACUCCUAAAUCAUCAUUAGAGAAAAACAAAAAUAAAACUCCUAAAUCAUCGUUAGAAAAGAACAAAGAUAAAACUCCUAAAUCAUCGUUAGAAAAGAACAAAGAAAAGGAAAAAGGCAAAAACAAAAGCCUGGAGAAAGAGAAGAACAAGAGCUUGGAGAAAGACAAGCUUUGGUCAUGUUCCCAGUGCACCUACAAGAAUCCGCUCAAGAUGGCCGACUGUCAGAUGUGUGGCAGUAGUAAGUCCCACAGGAAACACUUCGACCCGAACCUGAUCACGCUCACGCGACAGCCGAGUUCCCUGAUGGCCGACAUCCGUAAGAUCGAGGAGGACGAGGCGCUGGAGCUGUGGCAGCACAUCACCCUGUUCUGUGGACAGCACAAUGACCAUUUUGUGGACGACUCUUUUCCUCCCGCCCCUACAUCUGUGUUCCUGAAUGAGAAUAAACCAUUCACCAAGUCGUACAUCCAGUGGCUCAGGCCCACAGAAAUAGCUGCCCCUCGACACGGGGAUGAAAAAGUCAAGUGGGCAGUGUGUAGGACACCCCUACCAGAUGACAUCUCGCAGGGACUUCUGGGUAACUGCUGGUUCCUGAGUGCGCUCGCUGUGCUGGCUGAGCGUCCAGAACUGGUAGAGAGCAUCAUCUUGACUAAGGACUACUGCCCCCAGGGGGCGUACCAGGUCCGGCUCUGUAAGGACGGCAAAUGGCAGAUUGUGCUGAUUGACGACCUGCUGCCCUGUGACCAUCACAAGCGACUCGUCUUCUCCCAGGCUAAGAGAAAGCAGCUGUGGGUCCCACUAAUUGAGAAAGCCAUGGCCAAGUUACACGGAAGCUAUGAGAGCCUUGUGGCAGGGAAGUGUUUGGAGGGGCUGGCCACUCUCACAGGUGCCCCCUGUGACAACAUAGAACUGCAGCCUGGACCACAAAAAGAAGAGAUUGACCCAAAUUUGAUCUGGGCCAAACUGUUAAGCUGCAGAGAAUCAAGAUUCCUGAUGGGGGCGUCUUGUGGGGGAGGGAACAUGAAGACGGAGGAUAAGGUGUAUGAGGAGAAAGGUCUGCGACCUAGACAUGCCUACUCCAUACUGGAUGUCAAGGACAUUGACGGAAAUAGGCUAUUGCGAUUGCGCAAUCCUUGGGGGCGUUUCUCCUGGAAUGGGGACUGGAGUGAUGACUCUGCUAAGUGGGCCAACAUCAGCACGCGGGCCAAACAGGACCUGAUGCUGUAUGGGCACACAUCGGGCGUGUUCUGGAUGGCACUGGACGACGUCCUCAAGUACUUUGACAGUGUAGACAUUUGUAAGGUGCGACCUGAUUGGAGGGAAACUCGUGUAGAGGGAACAUUUCCAGCCAAUGCAAGGGAGGUUUUCAAGAUGGUUAAGUUGACUGUGUUUUACACAACAGAAGUCGAGGUGGGCGUGUUCCAGGAAGGAAUCAGGAGUAACGACAACAAGAAUCCAGCUGACCUCUGUGUACUGAUCCUCCGGGAUUCCCCUAAUGGGGUGCAGGCAUUUGGUCCGCUGGUGGCGUGCAGUAACCGUCAGAUCAAGAGCUUCGUGGGCUGUAACACAAUGCUGGAGCCCGGGGAGUACGUGGUGCUCCCACUCACCUUCAACAUCUGGACUCUGUCCACAAAGCCGAGUGAGCGGUACAGUUACGUCCUAUCGGUCCACAGUUCUAAGGCGAUAAUGGUGGAGGAAAUAGAGACACGGACCCAGAAGUACGAGUACGCCCUGUCCGAUGCGGUCAUUCAACUGGCCCUGGCCAAGGGCAAAUGCGAAGGGGUCCGUGACACGGUGUCUGUGUACUCACUGAUGCACGGCUGGUCGGGUGGCCUGUUUGUGGUAGAGAACCGCUGCAGUGACCGCAGCCUCCACAUCAAGUGUGACUGUGUGGACAGCUCUAAUGUGGUGUCCACGCGGUGCAGUCUCACCACGACCGACUCUGUCCCACCUCUCCACAGGCAAGUGAUCAUGGUGCUGUCACAGCUAGAGAGGAGUGCGUCCUAUCAUCUGUCUCGGCGCCUGAUUCAUCGCAUGCACUGGUCAGCCACCGGACUAGCAGACUGGGCAGCGGCAGGAGUCAACCACGACCCUCCACUCACUCUACACGUAGAAGGGCUGCAUGCACCCCGGCCAUUGUAGGGAGACCUCAGGGAAGGCAUCUUUGUGACCUCUAUGGAUGUCAACUGAUGACUCAACAACACAAGCUGGUGGUAUUGUCUGGGUGUGUCAGCUUCAGGCUAUGCAACAGUAUGACUGUUAUCUGUAUCUUUAUCUGAUGGAGCAACUGAACCAUUGACCGAAUGAACCACUGACAAAGCAUUCCUAGCAUCAGGACGUGACAUAUCAAUAUAUAUUGAUAGAUAUCAUGUAGCACAUGUAUCUACCUCAGUAUUCGAGGAGAGAACUUUGAACAACAUGACUUUGGUUAGAUCACUAGGGUAAGACGAGAUACAUCAGUGUUGCCAUUCCUCCAGGAAUGAUAAAGUUAGUGAUAUAUGCUAUUCCUUUUUAUGCCAUUCUAAAAGGCCUUCCUAAAUCCAUACAACUCUAUUCUGACCUACAAUCAUGAAACAGAGAGAGUGUUCCUUUAUUUAGUCUGGUUGAGAACGACUUUCUUAACUUUAUACAAAUCACUGCAUUUAUUUGUUUUAUCAAACUUGGUAAGGUAAAUCUCCUGCAUUACUACCUUAUUGAUCAUGCUAGCUUUUAUUUUUGGACUUGUGAAAUUGAGUAUAAAAAAUGAUUAUUUAGUGUGUUACGCACAGGUUGAUGUUGGAAUGUUUAGCACAUUAUUACAUGGGAGUGAUGGUUCUCUUGAGCCAAUACAAUGGAGAAUUGUUUAUUCAUCAUGGCAUUUGAUUAUUGUUAGUUUUUUAUCUUGGCAUUGAAGCAUUGUUCUUGUGAUGUUUAAGUAUAUACGAACUUUUUGGACAACCCUCGUAUAAGGAUCCAGGGAUUAUGGUUCAAUGUUAUACAUAGACAAAGUUCUAUCUAUAUAUUGUUAUCUAAUUAAUUCUUUUAUGUAUUAUAAAUAUUUACUAAACAUUUUAAUGUUAAACACUGAAUUUUACUAUGUUCAUCAUUAUUUGAAUAUAUUUCUAUCAUGUUACCCCAAGUCAUUAUUGAUAUCAGAUAGUUCAAAUAUUUACACUGUUAGGUGUUGAAUUCUGUAUAAAAUGGUUAAGAUGACUAAACUGUGAAUAACUGACCUUAAACUGACCGUUAUUCUGCCUAACACUGAAUAAUAGAUGUUUAAUCAACUACUUAUCACUAUAAUAUUAAUUACAGCAAAUCUCACAAGUUCUGCCUUGUGACAGGACUUUACAUCAAAGCACUAUCAAGCCUGUGGUUGUGAUCUCUUAAACAACUGUAUUGUCAGAGUGUUCUGGGUUUGAUUUAUUUUUCAGACAGGUCUAUAUGAUAUAGAUGUACAUGUGUGUAAUCUCUGGGUAAAUAUACUUUCAGAGUCAGGUUAGGGGUCACUGUCACCAUAGCAACUGCCACUGUCCAAGAAAUAUCACCAGCAGAAUACUCUGAUAGUGUAUGUCUGUUGGAGGACAAAUUCUAAAACAAGUGUUUGAGAGAAGAAACAUGCUGAUAUAUUUUUUUUAAAUCUUGAUUAUGGAUGAAGUUUAUGUUUAUUAAUGCUAUACUUGUCAUAUUAAGGUUGCACAGUGCAUGUAGUGAAUUUAAGGAACUUACAAAGCUGUGGUGUUAUAAGCUAGGAUUAACAUUUUCAAAAUUGUUGACUUGCUCAAAAGCAUAUAUUGGUGCAAUGUUUGUAUCACUCUUGCUAGUUUAGAUGUAAGAUUUAGAGGGAUACAGAAUGCACAUGUACAGAGAAACUGGCAUUGUCAAUCUCCCUACCUCAGAGGAUGCUACAGAAAGCAUUAUAUACCUUGAUAGGAUGGCACCCUAACAAAAAUAACUUGAAAGUUUAUAUUUUGGUCAAGAUAAGGUUGUACUUGAAGUUAUUUUCAUUGUAUAUAAGAGUGGGAAAUCUUAGCAUUUUUAAGGUAGAACUUUCUAUUUAUGAUAGAUUAUUCUUUGAAAUACAGGUAGUAUGGAGCAAUGUGUAAGACAUUACUUAUAGUUUAUUUUAUUGUGGAGAAAUAUGAGAUCUCAAUCAUUUUUAGUCAUGUCUUUUUUGUACAGUCACCUUUUUAUGAGGGAUUUUAUUUUUUUUGGGGGGGGGGGGGGUUGAGGCUUCACAGUAGUUUGCUAGUGUGCAGUGUCUGUUACAUAUCCAUAGUGCUCUCAUAUUUCUCUGAUUUGUGAAUUUUAUUUCUGUUUUUGUUUACUACUUGAAAUAAUUUCGUUGUGCAAUAUGUGAUAUUUCAGAGGAUUUUUAUAAUAAAAGUCUUUUUGUACAUUU